CGGGCCGGGCCAGGCCGAGCGGAGCCGGGUGGCGGAGCCCGGAGCAUGGCGGCCCGGGGCGACCCGCCGCGGUACCGGCUGCCGGAGCUGCUGCUGGCGGCGGCGGGCGUGGCGGGGGCGGUGCUGGACCUGGGCGCGGACGUGUGGCUGGCGGUGGGGUACGCGCGGGCCGGGCACCGCGGCUGGGCCGCGCUGGUGCUGGCGCUGCUGGCGGCCGCCUCGCUGGCCGCGCACGCCUGCAGCUGGCUCUGGUACGGCACCGACCCGCCGGCGCUGGCGCCCGCGCUGCCGCGCAGCUCGCUCGCCCUCCUGCACCUCCUGCAGCUCGGCUACAUGUACAGGUGUCUCCGUGCUCUGAAAAUGGGCUGGAAGCUGUGCUGGGCACAGGCUGCAUCAGAGGAGGAGCAAAGCCACAUGGCCUUCCUUUCCCAUGACAUCAGCAUGCUGCGGCUCUUCGAGACUUUCCUGGAGAACACCCCACAGCUCACCUUACUCCUCUACGUUAUCCUGCGGACAAACAAGGCAGAGCCUUCCCAAGGAGUGGGGAUCUGCACUGCUGUCCUGUGUGUGACCUGGUCCCUGCUGGAUUAUCACCAGUCCCUGCGCUCCUUUUUGCGGGAUAAGUAUGAGCUGAGCCUGUGUUCCUCCUUCAUCUACUUCCUGUGGAACCUUUUCCUCAUCUGCCCCCGCAUCCUUGCAGUUGCCCUCUUUGCCUUGCUCUGGCCGUAUGGUGUUGCUGUGCACUUCCCACUUGUGUGGUUGGCCAUGUUCUUCUGGGUCAACAUGCAGAGGACAGACUUCAUGGGGUCGCCUGGCUCUGAGCAGCUCUACAGAGCCAUAGUGGCUGUGAUCCUCUACUUCAGCUGGUUCAAUGUGGCAAAGGGAAGAACGUUGUACCGCAGUAUCAUCUACCAUGGCUUUAUCCUGGUGGACAGCAUUCUGCUCGCUGUGUCCUGGCUCUGGUGCUGUUCACCCUCCGAUGAGUACUUGUACCUCAUCCCAGUGGUUUCUGCUGCCUUGCCCUGCUACGUUUUGGGGCUUGUGUUGAGACUCACCUACUACAAAUGGCUGCAUCCCAACGUGCGGGCGCAGCAACAGGGCGAGCAUGACGAAGUAGAUAUCAGCGCAAGGACCGAGGGGCUGGAUUUUCGUUUUGGCUCAGCACCAGCUGUUGUGAACAGGCGAAUGCAGUGGCUGGCCCAGACCCAUUUUGCAGUCUCCUUGCAGGGGGAGCAGAGCUUGCUCAAUGGAAGUGCUGUUGCUGACACUGCUGUCUGAGUCCGAGUGCUUCAGAUAUGCAGGGAAGGUCUGUGCUUCACUGAAGUGAUUUAGCGUGCUGGGGAGAUGUGUUUGCCAGUCCUGCUUGGAUGACUUGUGAAUGCCCAGUGUCCCACAAUCCAUAGCAAGGCUCUUGCUGCUAUGCAGCUUAGAAGAUCCAGACUGUUAAUGGUGGACUCAGCACAUUGUGAAGCACAAUCA